AUGGGUUCUGUUCAAAACAAGAGAAUACUCUUCUCUCUUCUAACUGUGAUCACUGUGAUGUUGUCUUCGUGUAAAGCUGAUUCGAAAUGUGAAUUCAUUGCCAUAUUCAAUUUCGGAGACUCGAACUCUGACACAGGAGGCUUUUGGGCUGCUUUUCCGGCUCAAUCCGGUCCAUGGGGAAUGACUUACUUUAAGAAACCCGCCGGUCGUGCUUCAGACGGCCGUCUUAUCAUUGAUUUUUUGGCUGAGUCUCUUGGAAUUCCUUUUCUAAGCCCGUACUUGCAAUCAAUUGGAUCCAAUUUCCGACACGGUGCAAACUUUGCAACCUUAGCAUCGACGGUUCUUUUGCCAAACACGUCCUUGUUUGUCUCCGGAAUCAGUCCUUUCUCACUCGCUAUUCAGCUAAACCAAUUGAAACAGUUCAAGGUAAGAGUCGACGAGUACCAUUCCUCAGACCAAUCAGGGUUGCAUAUCUUACCGCCUAUCAAUGUUUUCCGAAAAUCACUAUAUACAUUUUAUAUCGGUCAAAACGAUUUCACAUCCAAUUUAGCUUCCAUUGGAGUGGAUGGUGUGAAACAGUAUCUUCCACAAGUCAUAAGCCAAAUUGCUGGAACCAUUAAGGAGAUAUAUGGAAUAGGUGGGCGGACAUUUUUGGUAUUGAAUUUAGCACCGGUUGGAUGUUACCCUGCGAUUUUAACCGGUUACACUCAUACCAAUUCGGAUUUAGACAAAUUUGGAUGUCUCAUUCCCGUAAACAAAGCCGUCAAAUAUUACAACGCGUUAUUGGAAAAGGCAUUAUUCAAGACAAGAACCGAGCUGAAAAACGCUACCAUUAUAUACUUAGACACUCAUAAGAUACUGCUUGACCUAUUCCAUCACCCCAAAUCCUAUGGUAUGAAACAUGGCAUUAAAGCUUGUUGUGGGUACGGUGGACAUCCUUACAAUUUCAAUCAGAAGUUAUUUUGCGGCACCACAAAAGUAAUAGGAAAUUCUUCUGUGAAGGCCAAGGCUUGCCGUGAUCCUCAAAACUACGUGAGUUGGGACGGAAUUCAUGCCACAGAGGCUGCAAACCGCCACAUUUCGACAGCUAUUCUCGAUGGCUUGAUAUCAUAUCCUUCAUUUGCGCUCAACUACCUAUGUCCGUCUGUUUAACAAUCUUUUUUUUUUGGUAAUCAUGUUAAAUUUCACACCUUUUUAAGAGUUUACAUGUUGCUUAGCAACUUAUUUAGAGAAUACAAACGGAG